AAUGUAUGUCUGGCGUGUCCGCUCGUAAACGAAUGCAGGGUGCCAGAAUAAGUGUGAAGUAGCGACAAUGAAGCCUCUGGAUGUAUUUGUGCGUAGAGCUACCACUAAACCCACAUUGUUUGUCUUUCUCGAGAGAGGCCAAAGAGUGUGGCUGUCGUAAGACACUGUCUUCUUCUUGACGAAUUGGAAGCUCUCUUUAUAGAAAAUAACCAGACCAUGUUUCUUGAUGUUGUCGUUUCCAUCCCUGCCAAAGCAGUCUACAUGGUUGUACUGUGCGAGUGCGCUUUUGAGCUUGUCUAAUUGGUCGACCUCUUGCAGACAUAGAACGUCUGGGGAGUACUUUGUUGACUCCUCUAGCAAUCUCGGCAGUCUAUCUUUUAAUUUAAGGCAAUUGCUUCCUGGAUAUAAAUCACGCUAGCGUAUUCCAGGUGGCUACUCUAAUAGUAUCGCUGUAUUUCGCUUUGGCGGUAAAUUUUCGCUGCUUUAAAAAUGCAGGUCUGCUCAUACGCUGACUGUCACGGUUGAAGAGCUACCACGAUGUCGACACUGAUAGUAGGCAGUUUGAACGCAGCAAGAACGGAUAUCUAUCAGAAUUUAAUAACUUCCUUAAAUGAUAGCAGCGUUGUUAAGCUCAUGUAUGAUAGGAUACUUGAGGGUGGAUACAUAUUAGAAGAUAACGCAUAUAAAGCUGUACACCUUUCGCUCACCCCAGAGGACUACCAGGUCAUCAAUUUGGAAAGUUUGCUACUCCCACUUUUUAAAUCACUGUCUAGUGACGGGAGACUGCACAUUCACAACAUUACAGACAAUGAGAAAUCCUCUAUACAAUCACAACUGAUUCUCACGGGAUUCUCAAACAGUGAACUCGCUUCAGAUACUCUCACUGCUUCAAAGCCUUCCUUUGCACCAACGGCUGCAGUCAAUAUCACCCGCAAACCGAAAUCGGCGAAGAAGAAUCUUUGGAAUUUCUCGACGGCGCCACCGAUUGACCCUGCCAGUUUACUCACGGAGGAAGAUAAAGCUGCUCCAGCCACCCCGCUAAGUUGUCCGACGACCAAGAAGAGACGAGCAUGCGCUGACUGCAGCUGUGGUUUGAGGGAGCAGCUUGCACAGGAGUCACAGGUUAACAUAGACACUUCGGCAGACCUUCCAAAGACCUUCACGAAUGUCCAGGAAGCCCAGGCCAAAGGUGCCACAUCCAGCUGUGGUAGUUGCUACCUCGGUGAUGCAUUCAGAUGCGCGUCUUGUCCAUAUUUAGGUCUUCCUGCAUUCGAACCCGGACAAAAAGUCGAAAUUGACAUGUCCGCUGAUCUCUAGGCAUUGUAUUUCAUUUUGGAACGCCCUCCAUUUCCUUAGUUACUCCCAUUUAGUUGUCACACUCGCACCUUACGACAUAUCUUUAUAAAAAGUUUAUAUGCAUUUCUCUAUCUACAAUA